AUGGUAAUGACAUUGUCAGAGCUGCUCAAUAUGUUGAAAGCAGCUGAGGAUCUCAUCAAGAAAGAAAAGCCUACUGUAAUGUUGGCUAAAAAAUCUAAUACUUCUGUUAAGUUGAAGCCUAAGGGUAAGAACUUGAAGAGAAAAGGGUCUCAGUCAUUCAAUAAGGCUCAAUGUGACAAAGUGAAUAAGGACACUGAGAAAAAGAAAGCAAAAGGAAAUUGUUUCCAUUGCGGUAAGCCUGGUCAUUGGAAGAGAAACUAUCGCCAUUAUUUGGCUUCUCUGAAGAAUGACAAACCUACAGAAGGGGUUCAAGGAGACCUGAAGGCUAAAUGA